UUGGGAUCAGUCUUUGGGACGCGCGGUUGCCGUAAAGAUCGUGGCGAAGUACUGUUCUAUAUCUUAAGUUUCGCGAGCCUCUGUUUGUGAUAGGCCGCCUCGUCGAAACUAAAAUCGGAGCUCCUCAAUCGCGGUGGACGUCAGUCGCAGAGCGGACCUUUAAGCGAUCGGAGCCAAACGGAAUACUGCAAACCGCUUCGCCAUGCUGCCCAUCAUCAUCCGCCGUAAUCUUAUCGCCGUGUUCGCUUUCGGCCUGUGCGUCUGUCUCGGUUUUGGCCCUUGUCCGGCGGAAUCACGCACCCGGCCGAAGAAUCUGGUAGACCGAAAGCUGAUGACGCUCUACGGCAGCACGCCCCACGUGGAGGCUCUUCUGGGUCCCGGAAGACCCACUCCGGACACCUACAAGACCCUGCGGAACGCCUUCUUCCGGUACGAGGAGUCCCGAUCCCUCGGCUACGACCUGGAGCUCACCGAGCGGGAGAUCAGGGCCAACGAGACCAUCAUGAAGGCCAAGCUGAACGAGUACGGAGAGGGAUUGGUCACCCCGCACCUCUUCAAACCCGCCCAGCACAUCUUCGACGUUUUGGAUGGCAUCCGGAACACGGAUCUCUUCGCGCUCCUGAAGAAGAUGCCCAAGGGAGCCGUGCUCCACGCCCACGACACCGCUCUCUGCAGCACCCAGGCGAUCCUGGACCUGACCUACUACGAAAACUUGUGGUCCUGCCAGCAGGAGGAUGAUCUUGGCGCUACGGCGUUGAGGUUUUCCCGGGAUCCGCCAGCUGAACUGACAAGCUGCAAUUGGACUCUGCUGUCUGAUGUGAGGACAAAGUACGGACCAAGCAAAGUCGAUGAGUACCUGGCCGAGCGACUCACCCUGUACCCAACCAAGAAGUUCGAGGACAACAACGCCGCCUGGUCCACUUUCAUGGAGAUCUUCGGCCUGCUCGAUGGCUUGGUGAUGUACGCCCCCGUCUGGGCGGACUACUACUACGCUGCUCUCAAGGAGUUCUACGACGACGGAGUACUGUACUUGGAGUUCCGCUCCCUGGUUCCCACGCUCUACGACUUGGAUGACACUGAGUUCACGCCAAUGGAUACAGUGCGCAUUUAUGUGGAGACCCUGGAGAAGUUCAAGGAGGAUCAUCCGGACUUCAUUGGUUCCCGCAUGAUCUACGCACCCAUUCGCAACACGGAUUCGGAGGGAGUAGCUGCCUACAUUAAAACACUGAUAGAGAUCAAGAAUAAAUACCCCGACUUCGUGGCUGGUUUUGAUUUGGUGGGCCAAGAGGAGAUGGGUCGACCCUUGAGGGAGUUCAUUGAUGAACUGUUGACCAUUCCCGAGGAUAUUGACUUUUACUUCCACGCUGGCGAGACGAACUGGUUCGGUGCCUCCGUGGACGAGAACCUGAUCGAUGCCAUUCUGCUGGGCACAAAGCGCAUUGGCCAUGGUUUCGGGUUGGUCAAGCAUCCCGUGGUGCUGGACAUGCUGAAGCGACUGAACGUGGCCAUCGAGGUGAACCCGAUUUCGAACCAGGUGCUCCAGCUGGUCACGGACUUCCGCAACCACCCGUGCUCGCACUUCUUCGCCGACGGCUAUCCCGUGGUCAUCUCCUCGGACGAUCCCUCCUUCUGGAAGGCCACUCCUUUGACGCACGACUUCUACAUCGCCUUCCUGGGAAUCGCCUCGCAGCACUCCGACCUGCGACUGCUCAAGAAGUUGGCCUUGAACUCGAUCCAGUACAGCUCGCUCACGGGAGACGCACAGUUCGAGGCUCUGGAGAAGUGGCAGGUGAAGUGGGACCAGUUCAUCGCCGACGUGAACGAGGAGGCCUCCAAUCGGGGAUCCCCCGGCCAGCGGAUCGAUUGACUAGCACGGGUGGUGGCAGCGCUGCUGGUCGCGAUCUCUCUGAUGACCUCUAACCUUCGGCGCUAGUCGGCAGAAACCCCCUCCUCCUCCUGCUGCUCCACCCCUCCAAACUCCAACUCGAUCUUCAGUUGCAGCAGGUCAAACGCAUCGCAUCCUCAUCCAGCCCACAUCCUCAAAAUGUAACCAAUUGUUGUAAGCUAAUUGUUAUGGACUAGUCCCUAGUUAGAAAUAGGCUAAUACUUCUCUGUAAACCCCUGAGAUUCUGUGCCACGCAACGUGAAACGGUGGAAAGCUGAAGUCCUAUCCAGUCGCCAAAGAACCCGAAAGCAAUAAAGAACCCGUUUUAGCCGUAGCCGAAAUAAGAGUGCCUGCAAUUUAUGUUCCCAGCUCAAAGAAGCCUGAGCGUAAUCGUAAUGAGUUGGCCAGCCAAGCGAUUUCCAAUCCCCUUAGAGAUGACAGCGUGAAGUAAAAUAUUGAAAACUCUUCUUGAGAAAAAGAAAUGUUGACCUAGGAUACUUAAUGAAAAUAUAGAGACAGAUGGGAAACUUCUGUAGUCAAAAUCUUGGUGUCAAUGCAAUUUUCUACUGCUUUUAGGAGGGAAUUUUUCAAAACCAACUAAUAAAUUCGACGGUGUGAUGUUAUGUGUAAAGUAUCUAAGUGUUUCUGAAUAAAAUGGUUGGUUGAACUUACCUAAAGUUUAAGUAAAAUCAUCAAAA